UCAGUGGUUUUAGCCUCUGUCGCAUCAGUGCGCCGCUGCUCCUCACACUCGUCACACUGCUUUUCUGCACAGUCUGCUCUCUGCUCCAGCCUCAGCCUGUCCUGCACACACAGAGGCACACGGGUAUCGCACUGCGCCAUGGACAGCCGAGGAUACGGAUCUGGUUAUUCUAGUUGGGGAGGUGGAGGCCCCAGCAGCAGAGGGUCUCAUGCUGAUGAUGUUAUCGCCAAGAUCAACGAGCGGCUGGACAUGCUGUCCCAGCUGGAGGGGGGUGUGAAGGGGGACAGGUAUGACCAGUAUGAGUCUAUGGACUCGCGCUCUUCCUUGGCCUCCUCCCGAGAUCUCUACAGAUCUGGUAGCUAUGGUUACGGGGAUGGCAGGGGUGACAACAUGCUGUUGACUCACCGCGGAGGCUCUGGCUACGGAGGAGGGAUGGGGAUGGGUUCAGGGGCAAGCUUUGAUGACUAUUCCUCAUACGGAGUUGCUAAAAUGCGACCGAAUAUGAGGGAGCCCUUCAGCGGGGGCCAGGGAGCCAGCUCUGGAGGAUGGGCUUCAGCCAACCGCCACAGCCCCCGACGGGGUGGCAACACGGGGGGCUUCGGUGGUCACAGGGGCCACAGGGGCCAGUCUCCAGGAGGUGGUAGAGGCAAGCUCCCAUCCCUCCUGUCCAACCGCAUGUACCCUGAGAGCGGGGGCUUCCACCAGGGCCCCAGCCAGGGUCCCAGCCAGGGCCCUCACGACUUCCCCGGGAGGCAUUUUGGAGGGGGCCCACGGGCUGGCCGCCAGCGAGGCCGCAAGAGACCCCUUAACAAACAGGUGAAGCAACAGCCACAGAAGAAGAAGCGGCAGAAUGCAGAAGGAGAUGAGCCCGAGUCGAAAAUAAACAAAACAGAGUCAACAGGAGACGCUGCCUCCGCUGGUGAUGCUCCAGAGACACAAGACAAGAACGGACAUGGGGACGAAUCCAAGGCUUCAGAGGACGUGUCGGCCACAGAAACUACAGAAAAAGCUGAGCCAAAGGGGGAGGAUGGAGGUCAGGGGAGCAAGGCCCAGAGCAAGCAGACCCCAGCGGCCCAGAGCAACCACCAGAGGAUGAGGAAGAGGAGGGGCUUCAUUGAGCGGGUGAUGUUUACCUGCUCAGUGUGCAAGUUCCGCUCUUUCUACAAGGAGGACAUGGAAGCCCACCUCACCAGCCGCUUCCAUAAAGACCACUUCAAGUUCCUCCAAAGUCAGCUGUCCAAACCCACCACGGACUUCCUGCAGGAGUAUCUGCAGAACAAGCUGAGGAAGACAGAGUUCCGCGUGGGUCAGCUGGAGAACCAUUCUGCGUCCAUCUGCCAGGUGUACAGGGAGCAGGAUCUGACCAGAGACCUGGGCUUGGAGCACUUCAUCAGAAAGGUGGAGGCUGCUCACUGUGCCGCCUGUGACCUGUUCAUUCCCAUGCAGAACCACCUCAUCCAAAAGCACCUCAAGUCUCCAGACCACAACUACAACCGCAAGGCCAUGAUGGAGCAGUCCAAGAGGGCAAGUCUGUCUGUGGCCCGCAGCAUUCUCAACCACAAAGUCAUCGGGAAGAAGCUGGAGAGCUAUCUCAAGGGGGAGAACCCUUUCUUUGAUAACCCUGACGAGCAGGAGCCAGACGACUCCAUGGCCAUGGAUGUGUCCGGGACAGAGCUCACUGGGGAGCAGGCAGACAGCCAGCCACUGGAGGGUCUCACCCCCUCUGAUGCUCUGGAGGAAGCCCCUCUGAGCCUGGAGGUUGAGGGGGCUACAGAGGUGUCAUUGCAGGAGGGAGCAGAGGCAGUGACAGGUGCAUCCCUGGUGAAGGAAGACCACGUGGGUCAAGCUGAAGUUGCAGAGUUCCAUCCUGAGGAUGAAGGCUUUGAGCUGGGAGAUGAGGAGUGCUCCUUUGUGGUCCAUGAUGAGCUGCCAGAGGGACUGGAUCUACAGGAGGAGCUCCCUGCUGAGGAAGAGGAGCAGCCUGCAGAGGGAGCGGAGCAGCCUGCAGAUUAACCCCCGGGCAGGACACUCCACCACUGCCUGCUCGCCAAGCUCGUCCAUGUCCAUUUUUUUUAUUUUUUUUAUAUAGUUCAUCUAAUCGGCAUCACUUCUAGACUGUAAAGUGAAACCCAUUUGAGUCACUCUGUGCUUUCUAAUGUCAAUCCUUACGCUGUGUGUCCUGGGGACCAGACAAAUGAUUAGGAUAAAACAGGAUUGCUUUUUGGACUGGUUUAACUUAAUUUUUUUUGUAUGUAUAUUUUUAUUUUUGGAUGAAGGUUUGUAAAAGUAGAAUCUUCACAUCCCUAAGAAUAACAACACAGUGAAGGAGCUGGAUAAUUCCAUUCAUUAUUUUUGCCUUGUUGGUGCUCUCUCUUUGUGGCAGCGUGUACCUGGAGGUAAUGAAUUCUUUCCCAGAAAUCUCAAAUGUUGUAUAUCAUGUGUCAUUCUAAAAUAAAUGUUGUUCGGAAUAU